GCUCUGCUAGGACUGACUUAUUGAGUGUGUUUGUUGGGCGACUUGGAGAUCUAGUGCGUAAUGAGUCAAUAAUGGGGUUUUGGGGUGUGAUUCUUUACUAUUAUUCGCAACGUAUUGCUGCUUCAGUUGAUCUUGAAAGCAAAAAUUGGGAUCCCUGGUUGUUUUAGGGGUAGAGGGAUGGGAUCUGUGGGUUGAAGUCAAAAGCUGCUCUUUUUUGCUUCUUUCUGAUUUUGCUUUCAAAGCUGUAUUAUUUUGUUUUGGGGGCAUUGUUUUAGAUGGGAAUGUUAUUUGGAUCUUCAACUAUUUUACUUGUUAAGAACACUGGCUAUAUAUCUGUUAGAAACUUUCUGCUGGCGUUGAAGUAAUGCUUUUAUUGGCAUGAUUUUUAAGGAAAAAAACGGCGCACAAGCUCUUUUUCUUGGAUCCUUUCUGCUAAGAUGGACUGGAAUUUGAAGGCUCCGUUGCAGUGGGAGUGGGAAAAUCUGGCCUUGUUUUCUGGGAAAGAAAAUGAAAUAACGAAGUUUACAACACAGGUUGAAUGGAGGGCUGAAGAUGGUGGCGUAAUCAGUAAUGGAUCUGUGUAUUCAUCAGGGAGUGGAACUUCUUCUGGCUCAGAACUUGGUAAUGGUUCAUCCAAAAGUUCAAUCUCUGCAUCUGUUGGCUCUUCAUCAAAAGUUGGAGCUACUAUAUCAGAGUUGAACUUUGAAGCAAUUGAAGGCUUACAUCAGAAUCUGAACAAGAAUAAUAUGCCGUUCAGGGGUGAAGAUACUGGAACGUCUCCAGUGAUAGUUGGAAGAAGUGGUGCUGGGGAGCCACCUAUAGGUCUAAAACUUGGCAAAAGAACUUAUUUUGAAGAUUUUGGCACCGCAAACGUCAAGACAUCUUCGGUUUCUAUCACACCAGAUGAUCCUUCUUCUGUUAAGAAGUCUCGUCUAUCUCAUCAGGCCUCUCAGAAUACUUACUGCCAGGUUGAAGGGUGCAACAUUGAUUUGAUUGGAGCAAAAGAUUAUCAUCGUAAGCACAGAGUAUGUGAAAACCAUUCUAAAAGCCCUAAGGUUAUAAUUGCCGGUCAAGAGCGACGUUUUUGUCAGCAGUGUAGCAGGUUCCAUGAUUUGUCUGAGUUUGACCAGAAGAAAAGGAGCUGUCGGAAGCGCUUAUCUGAACAUAACUCACGGCGGCGCAAACCACAGCCUGAAGCAAUUUCAUUUAACUCACCGGUUCUUCCUUCUUCAUUUUAUGCAAAUGGACAACAAAUGAACUUUUUUCUAAGUCGAGGUCCAGUUAGUAAUGUAAGGCCUUCGGCAAGUUCCUUGUGGGAAAAAUCAUCUGGCUUUAGCCUUUCAACAACAGAAGGAUCUUGGCCUAAACCAACCAAAGCAAGUGUUGAUGGAGCAUUGCAUUUGCCUUUUAUGGAUUUCUCUGAUACCUUUCCUGCAUCACAUCACGGUUUCAAUAGAACUAUACCAUUCAAGGGCACCACUGCUGAGGUCCUUAGUCAAGGUCUGGAAGCUUCUGUCUCAACUUCCAACUUGAAUGGAGCACCAGACCUUCGAAGUGCUCUCUCUCUUCUGUCAAACGAUUCAUGCGGUCCCUGCAACACUGGACAGAGCAAUAUGAUCCAAUUUGCAAGGACUAACCCCACUGUGGCUUCUCAUCCUCCAGUUCCUGCUUCUACCUCCCUACCAGAAUGUUGGCAUGACGACCAUUCUCUGACUGAGCAAGCUCUGGCUUUCAAUUUCAACGGUUCUGGAAGUCACUUCCAAGAGUUCCAUCUCAGCAAAGCUCCAUUUGAUAGCCCUUUAUUUGAAAGCAAUCAGGUUUUUUCAAAGUCAGAUGGUCACUUCCUGGGGUUCAAGACCUGAAUGGCUUGCUGCUUUUACUGCUCUCUAAGGCUUCGUUUGGGACGGCUUUCUUACUGCUUCUCAAAGCAGCUUUUUAAUUCAAAAGUUUUAAUUUCUGAACUAAAAAAUUAUUUUAAAAAGCAGUAAGAAAGUUGUCCCAAACGAAGCCUUAGUUUUGACAACUUUUUAUUGUAGCACUUCUACUUCCUGAUUAAUUACUGAACUGAAUUUGAUCUAUGACUAUUCAGAACUUGUUGUUCUGUUAUUUUAUGAGAGAAUAAAGCAUGGUUGAGAACAAUUUUUUUGCUUUUA